AGGUAAUGCGCUGGUGGUCAAAUGCAUCAUUAUCCUCGCUAUUUCUCGUAGUUGCCAUCGCAUUCGACCCAUUGGAAAACGCAAUUCUAUCAGAUCGAUCAGCAAAGCAGCUACCAUUUCUAUUGACUUCCGGACAGACUUCAGCAGAUAAUCAAAGGUUCUAUCCUUUCCCGUUUGGACUAUACAACAGCGGGGUUGCACAUCCUCAAGAAUAUGACAAUAGUCUAUACUCUAACACUAGAAGAAAUAGAAGGAAUGGAAAUAUCAAGCGGUUCACAUGCCGUUUCAAAUUCUGCCGACUCUUCGACGAAUGAGCUGGCUACGAGAACACGACGGUCAAAUGUCCUUUAUUUCCAAGCUGUUCAUAGAAGAUGGUCUUGGCUGUAAAUAAAACUAAGUUG